UAGAAAAUCAACCAGCCAUGGCCUCUCACUGUUGCACGAUUUUUGCUUUAAUCAUUGUUAUUUCCUUUUCAACCAUGGACACCAUAUUAUCUCAAUUCCCAAAUGAAAUCGGUCAGCCAGGUUAUCCCGGUCAGCCAGGUUAUCCCGGUCAGUCAGGAAAUCCCGAUCAGCCAGGUUAUCCCGGUCAGCCAGGUUAUCCCGGUCAGCCAGGAAAUCCUGGUCAGCCAGGAAAUCCAGGUCAGCCAGGUUAUCCCGAUCAGCCAGGUAAUUCAGGUCAACCAGAUAAUCCCGGUCAGCCUGGUAAUCCAGGUCAGCCAGGAAAUCCCGGUCAGCCAGGUUAUCCAGGUCUGCCCGGUAAUCCUGGUCUGCCCGGUAAUCCAGGUCAGCCAGGUUAUCCGGGUCAGCCAGGAAAUCCCGGUCAGCCGGGUUAUCCUGGUCAGCCAGGUAAUCCCGAUCAGCCAGGUUAUCCCGGUCAGCCAGGAAAUCCUGGUCAGCCAGGAAAUCCAGGUCAGCCAGGUUAUCCCGAUCAGCCAGGUAAUCCAGGUCAACCAGAUAAUCCCGGUCAGCCCGGUAAUCCAGGUCAGCCAGGAAAUCCCGGUCAGCCAGGUUAUCCAGGUCUGCCCGGUAAUCCUAGUCUGCCCAGUAAUCCAGGUCAGCCAGGUUAUCCAGGUCAGCCAGGAAAUCCAGGUCAGCCAGGUUAUCCAGGUCAGCCAGGAAAUCCCGGUCAGCCGGGUUAUCCUGGUCAGCCAGGUAAUCCCGAUCAACCAGGUAAUCCUGGUCAGCCCGGCAAUCCCGGUCAACCCGGUAAUCCUGGUCAGCCCGGUAAUCCAGGUUAUCUCGGUCAGCCAGGAAAUCCCGAUCAGCUAGGUAAUCCCGUUCAGCCCAAAAAUCUCGAUCAGGCCAGAAAUCCCGAUCAGCGCGAUAAUUCGAACAAUCUUGUUCAGCCUGGUGAUCCCGGUCAACCUGAUCAGUCUGCUAAGCUUGGGAAUCUCGGUCAACCUUAAGUUGCAAAUCAAGUUGAACUCCUUAUGCCAUAGCCAUAUUUACACAUUUUUCCUUUUAUCCAAGUCCCCCCACUUUAUAUCCAAUUCCUUCUCCACCUCCUUCAACCAACAUCCUAUAUUGGAUUUGGAUAUAUGCUCUCUCUGAAGUUAAAUAAGUGAUUUAAAUAAUCAUCACAUAAAUUAUGUAACUUAUGUGUUGUUUAUAUUCGGUUGGUUUUAGUGUUCCAUUUCCUCCUUUUUCACCUCUGAAUAUGUGUAUUUCUAUUAUACUUUUACAUAACUUCGUGUAUAAUGUGUGCCUAGAGUCAAUAGACUCAUUACUAUGGAAGGAAUAUAUUUUAUCAUAAGCUAAUGGUUAAUACCCUAAAUUCGUAUAAAA